CCCAGUGCCAUUUUAAUGUUGUUCCAACUUAUCUCUCUGGCAAAAAUGACUGCAAAUAGCCACUGUCCCCGACAAACGACGUGAGACAGCUGUUUCUAUUAAUAACCUCAACCCUCUUACCAACCACGAGACCUCCCUGUGCCUUCUCUGGUCUCACCACAGCAAGCCUGGUCCUAGACAAGUGCGCAACACGCAGACAGACAGCAACAGAGGAAAUCAACAAAGCAGCAACCACAGAGGAGGCAAAACACUGACACGCAGAGCUGUUUGACUGCAGCUCUCGUCAACAACCAGGAAACUCAAAGACCUGUUUGUAUGAAUAAACCUAAAACCUAGAAACAUGAAAUCACUGCGAUUUAUUGCUGCUGAGGGCUUCAUCCAGAGUGGUCCAAGUGCUGUGGAAAACCUGAACUGUGUGUCUUUUAACCUCUACCCACUUCUCUUCAAGGCCUGCUACCUCCAUGAGCAGGCUGACUUGCUGCAUGAUUUGGUCGAGGUAUGGCCUCUUCCUGAGCUCAACCUACACAGGCUCCUGGGAAAGUCAGUCGACUGUCAGAUGGACCUCACCACCCGUACCUGCCGACUUUGUCUGAAGGCCAUUUUAACUGGCUUAAAGGAUUACGUGCUGUCUCCUCCAAGAACCUACGCCAAGAACUUGCAUGUGGUGGACCUGACUGCCCUGAAGGAUGUCGAGUACCAGGCCUGCCCCUGCCAGUCCACCCUGGGCCGAUGGGCAAGAACCCAGAUCCUGACGCAAAUGUGCUAUGAGACCAUGGUGGCCAUGCAAAACAUCGACUGGUCCCAAUCUGUCUUUGAAACAUCAAUUAAUGUCCGUCUGAACGGCUUCGUCACAGGCCGCAACUAUGAGAUGGUGGCUCAGGCCUUCCUCCUCCUCCGCUACUGUCCACUGAAGCUUCGUUUUGUUGGUUUUCGGGCUGAUUCCCUCGCUCUCAAGCAGCUGUUCUAUGUUCUUCGCCUAGCAGAACCCGAGUCCAUCUCAAAGCUGGAGGUGGUCCACAAUGUUCCCCUGGAGGCCAUACACUUAGAGGUGCUGCUGUCCAGGGUGGAAUUCCCUAAAUUACAGUCUUUGACCCUGCCAGCUGGGGCGUUGGAUGUUAGAAGGUUGGGCACUGAUGAAGAGGAUCUGCUGGCCACCAUCGGCAAUCUACUGGCAAAACUGAGCAGCCUGACUGAGCUCUAUGUUAGCUUCUCCACUCUAACGGGACACCUACGCAAACUGCUUAAUCCUCUCAACACUCCACUGCAGUGCUUGGAGGUGGCCAACUGCUCCUUGAACCGUUUGGACAUGACAUACCUUUCCAACAGCCUCCACAGUGAGGCCCUGGUCCGCCUGGACAUCAGCGGGCAUGACAUCUUCAGCUCUUUCUCCACCUAUUUCCACAAACUGCUCAGGCGUUGCUCUGCCACGCUGGUCAGCCUGGCCCUUGAAGAGUGUAACAUAGAGGACGAGCACAUGGACGCCUUCACUAACACUCUGGCUUGCUGUCAGGGGCUGGAGGAGCUCAAAAUCCUGGGAAACCCUCUGACGUCUGUAGCCCUGCUUAGGUUAUUCUCCAUACUAUGUGCAGGCUUUCCGAAGUUAAAGUACAUAGAGGUACCAGUUCCCCGUGACUGUUACUCUGAGAAUGUCACUUAUCCUCUUGAUGAUUCAGACCUACUGCAGUACAACAAGGAGUUGUUUCAGGAAGUCAGGGGCCAGCUGAUUGGGAUCCUGGAAGGAGCUGGUAGAGGGAAUGUCGAGAUAUGCACCCCACUCAUGGGGGCCUAUGACCCAGACAUUAAUGAAACUGGCAACGAGCUGGGAGUGUCUAUGUUAAAAAGUUUUAACGGCGUCAUUGGGAACUUCAUAGGAACCAUAACUGACGUGGACAGCAGGAGAGCACAGGCUCAGAAAGAUAAUUAGUGGGGGUACCUGUGGAAGGAUCAAAUAAAUGGGUUGACACGCAAGGGUCACGAACUCAGAUCUUUUACAUGAGUCGAGACAUUUGUGUAAAGCAGACCUGAAUCUUCAAACCUUACAGAAAUGUUCAUGCUUUGAUGACUAUGAGUGACCCCUGCAGACAAUUUCUUGCUUUUUAAGUUGGGAUGUGCUGAUACGAUCCCGGCCAAAAUCCCUGGAUUGGAUAUCAUAGAGACUCUUUCACAGUUUGAGCGUGUUUUUAGAUGGCUAGUUUGAGCAAAGUGCAUCCAUACAAAUGCCAUACCUAUUUUUGAGGCAUGACUCACAGCCAACACUGUGAAAAUACAUCAUAUUUUAUGACAUAUGUAGGACCAUCAUCACUUAUGAGAUAUUAUCUGAACAGGGAAUCAUUAGUUUUCCCAGUGUUUCUCAGUGUGCAAGGCAAACAGAUGUGCAGUGUAGGUAGAUGUAGCUACUAUAGUGUGUAUAGUAGAUACUUGAAGUUUGCCUGGGAUUUUUCUUUAGCUAUAACCAUUGUAUAUGUUUGUGUGUCUAUGCAUUGGUUUAAAUGUAUAUUUUUGGAUUUGUAAAGGUAAACAGCAGUUAUUUGCACCGUGGGACAGAUCCAAAUUUAGUAAGUAUACAAAUGUAACGGUUACAUUUUGUCAUACUAAUAAAUCAAAUCUUUAAAUAGCCUAC